AUGCACCUUUCGUACGGCAAUAUAUAGUAUCCAACACAUUUCAUGACCAUUAAUGAGCUCAAAUCCAUCCCUUCGUGAUCUCUACAACCCUCCCUCAUCCGCAUGGGCAUUCAUUCCUCCUCCAUCUCCCAUGCAGAACGCAAGCGUACCCGCACCCGCUCCUGCAGCGACCAGCUAUCAAUGGACUACUCGUCCUGCGCAUAACUCAAUUUUUGAUUUGUCUCCUUCACUAGACCUCAGCGAACCUUCUAGUCUUGAUGUGUCCCUGCUACUGCGUUCUCUAUUUGCGUCAGCAUUGCUUCAGUAUACGAGUACAGCACUUGUGAUGCCACUGGAAGUAGGAAAGCUACUUCUUCAAAUUCAGUGGAUUCCCAAGGACGCUCCAGCACCAUCUAGCCAUAUAUACGAGGAGGAAGAAGAGGAAGAAACGCUUAGCGACUCUACAAACGAGGACGAGUCCUACUUCGCGGACCCCGCCGCUUCGCACACAAAGUACCCCGCACCAAAGCCCGUUGACGAUCAGGGCUAUGUAAUCAGGACAUCUGUGCUGGAAGACGGAACGCGCCCCGAAUAUAUCAUUCCUGUGGGCAGUAUGAAUGGCACUUGGGAUAUGGUAAAACGUGUCGCCACCUUCCGUGGAGAAGGCUGGCUUUCACUAUGGAAAGGGCUACUCACAUCUUGCAUUCACGACGUGCUUUUUAGUAAUGUGCAACCACUCGUCGACAAUAUUAUACAUUCUAUGUUCUUGUCGUCAGCCGCUGGGCUAUAUCGCCCACCACUUCUUUUGCCGGUAGCAUCGCAUGUUAUCACUGGCUUUCUGCUGUCGCCUUUGGAUCUCGUUCGGACACGCUUAGUUGCCCAAUCGGCGAUGCAACGCUACCGGACGUACACUGGGCCAUUUGAUGCAUUAAGGCAGAUAAUAGCCCAAGAGGGAGGUAUCAGAAGCAUCUAUUUUCAUCCCCAACUCCUUAUCCCUACCAUUCUGGACAAUGGCCUUCGUCCUCUAUUGCACAUCCUCAUGCCUACGCUGAUCGCUCCUCGACUGGGUUUUGGUCCACACGUCGCUCCAGACACCAGCCCCAUUGCAUGGGCUUUCGCUCAAGUGUUAGGAUCUAUGGCAAGCCUUCUCAUCACGUUACCUAUCGAGACUGUGCGCAGAAGGUUACAAGUACAAACACGGGGUACGGCGAAGGCGCUGCGUACGUGCGCCGAGACGCGUCCUGUACCAUACAAUGGUGUCGUAGACGCGCUGUGGCACAUUGUGACUGAGGAGAGGUCAGACCUUCCUAUCAAGCGAAAAUCAAAACCGAGAAAACAGCAGGCGGAGCACGCGGAAGAAAAUGAUUCUAACGACCUGCUUGCGGAGAAGCAAGACGAAUCCAGAUGGCUCAGAAACACGGGUAUCGGGCAACUAUAUCGGGGAAUGAGAAUGCGUGUUGGUGUUAGCGUUAUCGUAUUACUCUUGACUACCUUCGGAGGUCAACAAGAGGUAGACGGGGGUUGGGCAGAACUUUAGGCAGAUUUUACUCUACAUGAUUCUCUCGUUCCUCAGUAGCAAUUAUAACUCUCCUCAGCGCGUAGCUCUCUGUAAUUAAAUCAUUAGUUCUAAGGUCAACAAAUUAGGUAUUCACUUU